AUUUAGUUCAGUGCCAACCAUUCGCGGGGUAUGUUGUGUACUGUAUUUGACCGAUUGUUGUCGGCUGUAGUCUCCGUGUGUAGUCGUGAGUGAUUCGAGUACGUGUGGACGGAUUGCGCUUCAGAUAGCUGAGGUCCUUUCCACACCCGUUGGGAUUUGCGUGUGGAACGUCUUUUGCGAGAUCGAUUUCUUAAAGGUGCACGCGUACGUAAUCCACGUGGAUCCUAGCUUAUCCUCUCGCGCGGUUUUUGCAAAAUUGCUUAGGAAUGCAGAUUCGAUGCAAUGGGUCUCGCUGUUGACCUUGGCCAAUCGUAACGGAACGCUCGACGACUGUUGCUCAAGAAAGAAAAACCCCCAAAUUGGUCAAUGCCACUUCUGUUUAUUAUUUAUCAAUCGAUUGAUGACUUAGGAAUGAGGGAGAAGUGAUACAACUUGAGACGAGUGAGAUAGCGGAUCAAAAGUCCGCACACAAUCACCGCUAGGCUAACAGAGGUGGAAAGCAGCUAUCCGAGAAAGAAAAUCUUGUGCUUAUGGAUCUCCCUCCCAAUGGAAAAGAAAAACCAAAAAAAAUAUCUAUGAAUUAUACGGCUAGCAAUUAAAAAUUCAGUGAUCUUCAAAUUCAACCCAUCGUAAAUCACACCCAACAUCCUCAUCAAACGAGGGCCGCUAUCGGGCGCGUGAAUCAAGGCGGAAAUAAGUUAGUUCAACAAAUAGUUCAUCAAUUCGGGUGGCAAUAAAAUAAAAAAUCAAUCAGUUUCAAGUUGGCUACAAGCUAUCAUCAGCAAGUGCGUGUGCCUUAAUUAGUCUAGUGGAUAGUGAUCGUAAAAUUAAUACAUUGACUUGUCGUCGACUUUUCGAAGACGUCCUAGUGACAUAUAAACUGUGCAGAACACUAACAUUUUAUUCCGUCAACGAAAUUCGAAAAUCUUGGAUAAAUUUCUUCAAAGUUCAACUUCCGUUGGAAGCCAGCAGUCUCCAUCAACUGCUCGAAGAAGUUCAACGGAUAUGCGACGGAAGUGCAUCAGUUCCCAGUGAAGAUAUAAUCGUGAAACUCGAAAUCAAGAAAAUACCGUGAAUAGUUGAGAUACACCGAAAGAAAAGCGUGGAAAAAAAGUUUAAGCCAACACCAAUCACUGUCCCACCCACAACCCCAUACAAAAAUCAUCCUAUAUGGUAAUGGCAGAGAUCGGUGGCCCAUUGGCUCACCAGUUGAACCCCCUGCAGAACCACCGGGGAGGUUUGGUGCAGCCGUCGCUGGUGAUGAACCAUCACCUCGACACGCUGGACAACAACGGCGGCGGAACGUGUCAUGCACCGAGCAUUCUUCCAAAAAAGGAACGCCUCUCGCUGUGCGUCGGCUGCGGGGGUCAAAUCCACGACCAGUACAUCCUGCGGGUGGCGCCCGAUCUCGAGUGGCACGCGGCUUGCCUCAAGUGCCAAGAGUGCCGCCAGUUCCUAGACGAAAGCUGUACCUGCUUCGUGAGGGACGGCAAAACGUACUGUAAGCGAGAUUAUGUUAGGUUAUUUGGUACCAAAUGUGAUAAAUGCGGAAGCUCCUUUAGUAAAAACGACUUUGUGAUGCGGGCCAAAACGAAAAUCUACCACAUAGAAUGCUUUCGAUGUUCCGCCUGCGCGAGGCAGCUAAUACCGGGUGACGAAUUCGCGUUACGGGACGGAGGAGCGCUGUAUUGCAAAGAGGAUCACGACCACCUAGAAAAAUCCAACCAAAACAGUCUGAUACAGAGUGUAGAACCAAACAACAACAUUAGCAGUAAUACCAACCAGAAUAGCACCAGUAAUAACAACAACAACACUAGUUUAAGCAAUAACAACCACUCGAGCGAGCUGGGCUCGAUGUCGGAUUCCGGCAGCGAAUCGGGCUCACACAAAAGUAUGCGCGGCAAAGGACCUUCAGGACCGUCGGACGGCAAACCAACCCGGGUGCGAACGGUGCUCAACGAGAAACAACUGCACACCUUAAGAACCUGCUACAAUGCCAACCCCCGGCCGGAUGCGUUGAUGAAGGAACAGCUGGUGGAGAUGACCGGCCUAUCGCCGCGGGUCAUCCGAGUCUGGUUCCAGAACAAGCGGUGUAAAGACAAGAAGAAAACCAUCCAAAUGAAGCUGCAGAUGCAACAGGAGAAGGAAGGUCGUAAACUCGGUUAUGGCAUGCAGGGAAUCCCAAUGGUUGCCAGCUCCCCGGUACGGCAUGAUUCUCCGCUGAACAUGCAUGGCCUGGAAGUAACUGCCUAUCAGCCACCGUGGAAAGCCCUGUCGGACUUUGCGCUGCACUCGGACCUGGACAGCAACGGGGCCAUCAACACCCACACGCCUGCGUUCCAGCAUCUAGUCAAUCAGAUGCACGGUUACGAUGUCGGUGGCGGCGGUGGAAUGCAGCAGAUGCCCGCCCAGGGACAGGGUCCGCCGAUUGCCUCCCACAUGGACAUGAGUGGCCACCACCAUCCGGACAGUACCGAUUCCUAUGUGACAUAUCUGGAGAGUGACGACAGCAUGCAGGGAAGCCCCUAGACUCACCAGUGAUGGGCCUGUGCAAUCCUUCUGCGCCCCGUUUGAAAAUCAAAAUUUGUGUUGAAAGCAAGUCCUUAGAAUAAAAUUGACACAUGCCAGGUUUAAUUUAAGUUUCACGCUCGCGGUUCCUACUUUGAAAAAAAAAAAACUGAAAACAUCCAUUUCCAGGUGGAUGGGCAGAUAGGUGGCAAUAAUUUAGUUUUCACAGCAAGGUCGAUAAGUUUAUCACGUUUCACGUGCAGGCAAAGAUAUUACUUUAACUUAUUUCAACGAUACCCACUGAGAUUGAUUCUGUUGAUAGCCUCAAAAACCUAGCCAAUCGUACUUUUUUUUAUUUGUUGAUUCAUUUGUUUGUGCAAAGGACAACUUUUUUUGUUUCUCUGUAAAUAGUGUACCAUAAUGAAUUAAGAAAAAUCGAAGAUGAACUCUAGAAUAUCAGAAGGGCAUUUUUCUCUCGCUGAUGGUUAGCCUAAUCAAAUUCAAAGUUACAAUGGUCUCCAUAAGUGUUAAGGUUUUUUUUAACUGUAAAUCGAUUCAUCUCGUCUGUAAAUAGCUUUUUAAUUUAUCACACCAGCAAGCUAAACCCGAAUCCACAUGAUAAAAAGUGGUUUAUGACAGUAGAAUGUAAUGAAAAUCAAGCUUAACUAAGUUUUACGAGAAAGAAAGAAGUCGCUAUAUGGAGAUAGUAGAGAAAUUGAUUGUAAUAUAGAAAUGAAUCCCUUUUGAGAUUUAGCCGAUGAAUAGUUCAUCCUUGAAGAAAACAUGCAAUGAAAUUGAAACAAAAGCUGUAUUAUACAAACCAUUAAUGAUUGUAUGGAAGAAUAAACUAGACCGAUUAAAAAUCAUCAAUUUUAAUCCGA